CACUUCCCACCUGAGAAGAAAUCCUUCCAAAGGAAAAAUGAUGAAAGGUGUGUGGAGGGGGGGGAAGCAAGAUGACUGAGGAAUCUGUUCGUAAUGAAUUCUUAAAAUUCAACAUGGGACUUAACGGAAGGCAGCAAAGAAAUGGAGAUGAAUGCUGGUGAUCAGGAUUAAAAUAGGUGUCCAGUUCAUAGAUUUGGAUUUAUUGACAGGAAUGGAUGAGAGGCAGUAUUCCAGAGAUUACAAGUGAAAAUACACCAGUGAAAAUUUAUAAAUGGGAGCUAGAAGAGAAAAUGACAGCCUCCCAGCUGCCGAGGGCUGCUUGCAAGCUGAAAUGAUUCAACUGAUUCAAGGGGUUCAGUUCGGCAAACACAGCAUAUGCAUAUAAUUCAACCAAAUUAAUUAAAGAUUUUAUGGCAGUAAGGGCAGGUUAAGCCUGAUUAAUUUUGUGGCUUAGCAUGUUGCAUAUUGUAACUUGUUUAGUUCAUUUAUAUGUACCUGUAUAUAAUACUUAGUUUACAAAUGUGAAUUUGGUCACUGUUAAUGUGUAAUUUGACUUGUAGUUUAGCAAGUUUAGUAGCUGUUCUCAAAUUAUUUAGCCCUUUUUUUUUGUUUAAGCAAUUUUACAGGAUUGUUGUGUUAAGGGGAGGAAGGAAUAAAUGCUUAGUUGAUAAAUUAAACAGGAUAGCAAAAAGAAUAAAAGGGCAUGUAGUUUAGCACAGCAUUUCUCUUGGUUAAGAGGAAGAACCUGAUAGUAUGUGGCUGUCUUCAUUCACAGAUCUCUGAAGAGUAUUGUAUGCUGUGCCAUCUCUUGUCAAGCAGUGCUUUCCCAUGGAGCCCAAGACACAUCCUUCUAGCAAAUUUCCUGAGUCAGGAUCCUCGCUUCCAACGAUGGGGAAAAACCUACAGGGUGCAGUUCGAGGGGGGCUGAGAACUCUGUACCUGCACCUUGUCUCACUGCAAGAGGGGAUUCUGAGUUGGUAUUUAUGUCUGAAGCAGAUUCAGUGGGAUCUCCUGUGCUGGAUCCAGGCUUCCUUGGAGCUAACUAUAGACUUCUUCUUCUGCUGGGCACAAAAUGUCCUCCUAGCUUCCAUGAUGCUCCUGCUGUUGGCAUGGCAAAUUCACAGUGGAGCCAAGGAAUAUGGCUGGAGAUCAUUCCUACAAAGGCUGGUCCUGGAAAAGCAGCUUACCCAGAGGAUUUCACUACUGAAAAGCUGCUGCUGGAAUCUGGAGAACCUCCUUAUUCAGAUAACCUGGACCUCAGUUUAUUGCUUCAUCUGGAUUGUGUCCUGCAUUGUUCAGGCCCUGGAAGCCAGCUACAAGCAGGCUGCCCAAAUGGCCAGAGACCAGACUGAAGAAGACAAAAAGGAAACAGCAAGGCCACUCAUGAUGACCUCUCAUUCAGCUCUUCUCUCAAGGCAGGAAUUGCUGACCUAGCUGGCAUUCACUAAACAUUGCUGGAGGAGAACUUACUUAAGAGGGUUGUGCAUUUUUUCCCUGGGUUCAGAGUGAUAUGGGGUAGGUGGUUUCAGCAAUUUUUUUUUAAAAUUUGCAUUUAUAUCCCACCCUUCUCCGAAGACUCAGGGUGGCUUACACUUGUUAAGCAAUAGUCUUCAUCCAUUUGUAUAUUAUAUACAAAGUCAGUUUAUUGCCCCCAACAAUCUGGGUCCUCAUUUUACCUACCUUAUAAAAGAUGGAAGGCUGAGUCAACCUUGGGCCUGGUGGGACUUGAACUUGCAGUAAUUGCAAGCAGCUGUGUUAAUAACAGACUGUCUUAGUCUGUUGAGCCACCAGAGACCCUAUGGCAAUGGGGCAACCAGAGGCAAUGUUUACAGUGUGAUGCAUUUGGGGAUUGAUUUUAGUGCCACAAAGCAUCUUUUCCAAUUCUUGAAUCAGAUUUUGGAGAAGGGCAUUAUCAGCUUGUAGCAAUGCCUCUUCACACCUGGCAGACAAUUUUGCUUUCAGCCUCUGUUUCCUGUUCCAUUAUGCUAUUUCCUCUCAGUGUAAGUAACAUUGUGCAACCCAUAGUAAGGGACUAAGAAAUAAUAAGCCAAAGAAAUUAAAACCUGUGCUAUGAUAGCUGACUCUAGCUUAUACCAAAUUGUUCACCAGCAAAGCAAACCGUAUCUCUGUAUAGCUUCAUACAUUGCCUUUUGUUCUUAAGUUUUCUCUCUGAGCGUAUCCAUUCCAGCCACAUCCUUCUUGGUCUUCUCGAACCUCUUGACCCAUUCACUUUGCUUUCACAUAUUUUCUGAAUGUACUUUGUAAAUUGAUUCUCACUUACAGUAUCUGUAAGAACAACAUGCAGGAAUUCCAGUCAAUUGAUGUAUCUAUUCUUGACUUCUGCCAAAGGUUAUUAAUUCUCAUGAAAUUUGUUUUCCAUUCUAAAUCUUGCAUUUAUCACAUGGCUUUGUAGGCUUGAAGUAUAUUGAAAAACGUGCUUGGUUUUUUUUGCUUUUUUAUGCAUUUAAAGACAAAAAGGGAUUCUAACAUGUUUGUAGGUACUCACUUUGGUACAUA